ACAAAAAAAACAGGUGUGAGCGGACUGGAGGGCGAGUGGGUAAUCCCUGGCAAAACCAUCGCGUGAGUACCCUCGGCCUGCAUGUCUUCUGGGGGCUCUGCCCCAGGGAUACGUCUGCAUCUGCCCAAGAAGGCUGGCAGGCGCCUUUGUAGCAGCGUGCUCAUGAGAGAGAAAAGUCGCCUCCUGAAUACCCAUCCGUGGAGGCGUGGGGAGCAGCAGCUGGAGGCAAGUUGUGCAGUGAUGCAGCACUGAGUGAUGGGGUGGUAGGGAAGCCAGGGGCGCUUAAAAACAUCCCCUCGGGCUGUGGGGCCAAGAUAGGGAUCCCUGAACGCAGCCUUCCGUGACUGUCACCACAGGGGGCUCUCAAGGGGUCGGUGAUUAGUUGUGCAGUUAGACUGUAAGUGUUGAAGAUACAGUUGAGACACAGUUCUUUCAACUAGAGCGGAAGGAAGGAGCCUAUCUUGGCGCGGGGGAGGGGCCCAGCACUGCCGCCUUCCUGGGUCUUCUGGGAUCCCAUUGUUCCUGUUAGAGGGGUCGUUCUAGAAUCCUCUGACAAUCUGCUCUUCUGGUGGUUUCCUGCCUUCCCUUCCAGCACUUCUUACCCGCUUGCUUUCCCCUGAGAGCUGCUGUUUGUCCCACCACCUGCUCCCGGGAGCCCCUCCAGGCCUCAGGAGCAGGGAGGCGAAUGUAGUUGCUAAUUAGGGGUGAAGUCACUUCUUAGAGAUAGUACUUUCCAGGGAAGCAAGACCCAGGAAAGCCUGAGAACUGUGGCUCCGAGAAGCACUCAGGUCGCACACGCCAGCGGACUUGCUAGGACCCUGAGCCGCCGCUGCCGCCAGAGCUGGAGCCAUGAGCGGGUUUAACUUUGGAGGCACCGGCGCCCCCACAGGCGGGUUCACGUUUGGCACUGCAAAGACAGCGACCACCUCGGCUGCGACGGGGUUUUCUUUCUCUACAUCUUCCACUGGCGGGUUUAAUUUUGGGGCUUCCUCCCAAGCAGCGGCCAGCACCCCAUCUACUGGGCUGUUCUCACUCACCACAUCUGCUCCAGCCACACAGACCCUGGGCUUCAGCUUUGGAACCACAGCGCCUGCGACGGGGGGCACUGGAUUUUCCUUAGGGGUUGGCGCGCCGAAGCUAAACCUGAGCAGCACUGCUGCACCCCCCGCUGCCACGGCGCCGCCCAGCGGCUUUGGGCUGGGCAGCAGCACCCUCACCAAUGCCAUCUCGAGCACCGUCACCUCCAGCCAGGCUGCGGGGCCCUCCGGCUUUGUGUUCGGCUCCACCACCACCACCGCCGCCCCCUCCACCACCCCCGGGGGCUUCUCGUUCACUGGAGGCAGCGCAGCCCAGACCGGGACCUCCAGCUUCAGCAUCGGCUCCCUGGGCACUUCGGCCCCAUCCACAGCCCUGGCCGGGCUGCCCUUCACUGCAGCCACACCAGCCACCACUGGGGUGGGAGCCACACAGCCAGCUGCUCCCGCAGCCACUGCAGCUGCCACCAGUGCUGGGCCCACGCACUUUGCCUCCAUAGCAACUGCUCCAGCCUCGUCCGCUGCCACCGGGCUCUCCCUGUGUGCGCCGGCCACCACUGCUGCUGCCUCUGGGGCAGGGACGCUGGGCUUCAGCUUGAAGGCCCCCGGAGCAGCUUCCGCCGCCUCCACAGCAGCAGCCACCCCCACAGCCACGGCCGCGGCUACUGCCACUACCUCCGCGUCCUCCACGGGCUUUGCCCUGAAUCUGAAACCACCGGCCCCUGCCGGCAUCACCAACAACGUGCCAGCCUCGGUGACGGCUCCCCCUGGCUCCACUGCUGGCCCCGUGGCGUCCGUGAGCCCCGCCAUGACCUACGCCCAGCUGGAGGGCCUCAUCAACAAGUGGAGCCUGGAGCUGGAGGACCAGGAGCGGCACUUCCUGCAGCAGGCCACGCAGGUCAACGCCUGGGACCGCACGCUCAUCGAGAACGGGGAGAAGAUCACCACCCUGCACCGUGAGGUGGAGAAGGUGAAGCUGGACCAGAAGAGGCUGGACCAGGAGCUCGACUUCAUCCUGUCGCAGCAGAAGGAGCUGGAGGACCUGCUGAGCCCCCUGGAGGAGUCGGUCAAGGAGCAGAGCGGCACAGUGUACCUGCAGCACGCCGACGAGGAGCGCGAGAAGACCUACAAGCUGGCCGAGAACAUCGACGCGCAGCUCAAGCGCAUGGCCCAGGACCUCAAGGACAUCAUCGAACACCUGAACACGUCCGGGGGCCCCGCCGACACCAGCGACCCCCUGCAGCAGAUCUGCAAGAUCCUCAACGCGCACAUGGACUCGCUGCAGUGGAUCGACCAGAACUCGGCCCUGCUGCAGCGGAAGGUGGAGGAGGUGACCAAGGUGUGCGAGGGCCGGCGCAAGGAGCAGGAGCGCAGCUUCCGCAUCACCUUCGACUAGGCGGGCGCUGCCUUCAGGGCGGGCGGGGUGGGAGGGGGAUUAUC